AUGACUCCAGGGUGCUCACUGCAGGCUGACAACAGUUUUGGCCCUGUGAUAGCUCAUGGGUGUCGUGAUGGCUUUGAUUUCACGCUAUUGUUCGAGCAAGCCAUAUUUGGCCUUAUUCCUGCGGUCGCAUUCCUUCUCGUUUGCCCUCUUCGAUUGCAAAUCUUGGUUAAGAAAGAUGUCCGGACUCGGCCUCACAUAAUGAGAUUGGCAAAGCUGAUAAUUGCCUUGGUUUUCGCCGCGAUUCAACUUGCCCUGCUCAUCAGCUGGGCAAGAAAGGCUCAGCCUAUUACAAAGAUCUCUGUGGCAUUGAGUGCCAUAAAUCUGGUAUUGGCAAUGGAGAUUGUGGUCUUGUCGUGGGUGGAAGAUCAGCGAUCGGUUAAACCGUCAUCACUCCUCGCCAUCUACCUUGUCUUCACAUUACUCUUCGAUAUUGUGCAGACAAGAACUUUGUGGUUAUCCCACAGGAAUUCCCACAGAAGUUCCCUGAUUCCUAGUCUCUUCACCGUAAAUGUUGUUGCGAAAACAGCAAUGGUGCUUUUCGAGAGCUUGGGGAAGCAGAAACACCUAAUGGGUUCCUAUCAAGAUCUUCCACCAGAGUCGACAAGUGGAAUUGUCAAUCGAUCUUUCAUGUGGUGGCUGAACCGUCUGUUUGCCAUAGGCUUUCGAAAUUUGCUUACUAUUGAGGAUCUUGAUCAUCUGGACAAGCCAUUGGAGUCCGCCGAAACUGCGCAGACGGCAUCGAGAGCCUGGGCUCAACGCCCGCAUCUCGAGCGCCGCUUCGAAUUCCCGUGGCAAAUAGGCCGAGCUUUCAAGGGUACACUUGCUCUAAUGGUAAUUCCACGCCUAUUCUUGAUCGGGUUUACCUUCUCGCAGCCCUUCUUGAUCGCAUCUGUUCUCAGCUGGCUUGAUAACCCAGAUAGCGAGAACAAUGCCGGUUACGGCCUCAUCGGCGCCACAGUUCUAAUAUAUUUGGGAAUGGCCAUCUCAAAUCUCGCAUACGACCAGAUGCUGUAUCGGUUUGUGACAAUGUUUCGAGGGGCAGCCUCGGCGAUGAUCUACGACCAUUCCUUGCACAUCCGCGAUGGCACCCUAGAGGAUCGUUCUGCCACAAUUACUCUAAUGAACACCGACGUUGACCGGAUUAUCGACUGCUUGACUACUUUGAAUGAAUCCUGGGCGCGGACAAUUGAGGUGGGCAUUGGCAUUGCGCUACUUGCGCUUCGGUUGGGGUGGGUGUGCGUGAUGCCAUUGGUGGUCGUUCUCAUUUCCAGCGGAGGAACUAUUUAUAUUGCGAAGUAUAUAGGAGGACACCAAAAGACAUGGGUGGAUGCCGUGCAGCAACGCAUUGCGAUUACCAGUUCAAUGCUGGACAGUAUCCAAACAGUCAAGGCUACUGGGUUAGGUCAGACCUUUAUUCAGCUGGUACAGAGGAAAAGAGUCUACGAAACACGUCAAAUGGCUAAGUAUCGAUGGAGUGUGGUCUGGAAGAAUAUGAUCCACAAUCUACCUUGGGCAUUUGCUCCAGCUUUGACUUUAGCCGUCUACGCUGCUCAAGGAAACGAACUGGAUGCUACCAAGGCAUUCAGCAGUCUGUCAAUCAUAACCCUUCUAUCUGAUCCAGCUUCUAAGCUACUCAGCGCGAUUCCUUCCAUAGCGGCUGCGACAGGAUGUUUUGAUAGAGUGCAGGCAUUUCUUCUGCUGGCAACCGAUCCUCAACACACCGGGAAGGACCUUGUUGGUACGAAGGAAACUAAGGUCGAUAUAUCUUCGCACAUCGUCGAAAUGCAAUACAUGACUCCUAAGGACUCAUCAGACACUACUGGCCUUCAAACACCGGUCAUCUCCAUGCAAAAUAUCAGCAUUCGCCCCUUCCAAUCAACAAAGAACAUCUUGAGCGAUGUUAAUUUACAAGUCCCGAUCGGAGCACUGGUCAUCAUCCAAGGACCAGUUGGAUCAGGCAAAUCGACCUUGCUCCGGGGUAUACUUGGACAAGCAGUUUGCGAGACAGGAUCUAUGACAGUAAACAUUCGACGACCGGCCUUCUGCGCGCAAACACCGUGGCUUCCAAGUGGCACCAUCCGUGAUGCAAUCUGUGGGGCCUUCUCGGCUGCUCCAGCAAAAGAGAAUACAUUUGACAAAAACUGGUACGCGACUGUUCUUCACGCAUGUGCCCUCAAUUCGGACCUGGAUCUACUUCGCGAGGGAGACGCUACGCGAAUUGGACACGGAUCUGGCCAUGGACUGAGUGGUGGUCAAAUGCAUCGCAUCGCUCUUGCUCGAGCGGUAUACUCUCGCAGGAAACUGUUGCUAUUGGACGACAUAUUCAGUGCAUUGGACAGGAAGACAAAGACCACUAUCAUAGCGCGUCUUUUGGGAGUUGAUGGACUGCUCCGAAAAUCAAACUCGACCAUAGUUUUGGUAACACAUGAGAUGGAGCAACUGCCUUGUGCAGAUCAGCUUUAUAUUCUUUCGGAUGGGCUUCUUCGCCAGGAAGAGCCCCGCGAGGGGAAUGUCUACAAAGAACCGAAGUCUGAUGCCGUGGAAGCUGAGGAAUCCACGGGACUCAUAGAGCUAGCGACAGAGGAUAAAGCUGCCAUGAUUUCAGAGGAGAAUGAGAUCGAAGAUCUCCGGAGGUCAGCAGGGGACUCUGCUGUCUAUAAGUAUUAUCUGCGCUACGUUGGGUGGAAGAACGCUAUGAUCUUCGUCUUCUUCGUGACAAUGAAUGUCUUCGCUAGCUCGUACAGCGAGAUUUGGCUUCAGCGAUGGGCUGACCGCGGUGGAGGUCAAAAAGCACUCUAUGUCACGAUAUAUUUCUUCCUCGCCAUUUGCAACACCAUCGGAAAUGGUGGUUAUGUUUGGGCUAUCCUCAUCCUGAUCUCGCCCUCAACAGGCCGCCGGCUUCAUUAUGUCGUGCUGAAGACUUUCAUGAGGGCCACGCCUCAAUUCCUAGCCAAUGUCGACAUCGGGUCAAUACUAAACCGAUUUAGCCAGGAUAUGACCCUGGUAGAAGCCGAUUUGCCUAUUGGCAUCUUGAUCACAGUCUCAAAUCUCUUUGCAUCAAUUGCUAGUGCGGCACUAAUUGCAACUGGAUCGAAGUACAUGGCAAUAACCGUGCCUUUCCUGAUCAUUUCCGUCUAUCUCUUGCAACAUUUCUAUCUGAAGACAUCACGACAACUUCGACUACUGGACCUGGAAAGCAGAAGUCCGUUGUACUCCCAUCUUCUUGAUACUGUCGAGGGUCUUGCUACAAUUCAGGCAUUCGGCUGGGAAGCAGACUUUCAAAUUGCCAAUUCGACAUUGUUGGAUGUUACCCAGCGCACUUAUUAUAUGCUUAAUUGCAUUCAGCGCUGGCUCACCUUAGUCUUGGACCUCAUCGUCGCUGCCGAAGCGGUCAUUGUUGUCAGCUUGGCAGUGUCUUUAAGACAUAGUACGAGUGUCGGAUUGCUUGGAGUAUCGCUGAACAGCAUUCUCGAUUUCGAGAACACAGUGCCACGUGAAAACUCAACUGAGCAAGAAAUUCCGGUCGGCUGGCCAAGUCAGGGAGCUAUUGAGAUUUCGGGGAUGGCUGCGCAGUACAAUCCUGAAACAACAGUACUAAGCAAUGUCUCGCUAAAAUGUUUGCCAGGCCAGAAGAUCGGUAUCUACGGACGUACUGGGAGUGGAAAGAGCUCUUUGCUGUCGACAUUAUUGGGCAUGCUCACCGUGACCACCGGCUCAGUCAUCAUUGACGACAUUGACAUCGCUACUCUUUCCCCUGAUAAAGUCCGCGAAAGACUUGUCACCAUUUCCCAGGCACCAUUCAUCAUGGUUGGAUGUACAGUCAGAUUCAAUCUAGAUCCCACCGAAAGCAUCCCCGACACAGACAUCAUCGCGGCUCUCGACCGAGUUGGACUCUGGAAUGGUGUGCUUCUUGAAAGGGGAGGGCUAGAUGCCGAAAUAAACGACACUCUAUCGCUAUCUCGAGGCGAGCAACAGCUACUACAGCUUGCUCGGGCAAUGCUCAAGAUACAAGCAAGCAACGCUAGGAUCUUGUUAAUUGAUGAAGGCACCAGCAGCGUCGACAUGGAAACCGACGCUCGUGUGCAAGACCUUCUGAAGCAGGAACCCUUUAGCACGUGCACGAUCCUUGCGGUUGCACAUCGGGUUCACACUCUUUUGACUUGUGAUAUGGUUGUCGGUCUAGAUCAGGGGAAGGUGGUUGAGAUGGAUAAGCCCAUGGUUCUGAGUGAUCGGAAAGAUAGCAUCUUUGGCAGCCUUCUCAACAGUGGCGGAUAUUAG